CAGAAUGCUGUUUAUGGUGCUACUGGUCCUGAUUGCUCCUUCGAUAACAGCUCGCGGGAUAAAUCAGGAGAUAACACUUGAGAGCCUUGAAGAUGGCCCAGGAUUAUUACCCUUCCGACUGGGAGCCACAAAACUCGUAACACAUUACCAUUCAUUCCUACAAUACAUAGAACUUAAAGAUAUUGACGAUAAGAUUAAUUUGUUACUCGAUCAAUUGUCUCACUAUAAGUAUAGUUUAAGUAAUGAUACUUACAUGUUAUAUGAGCUACAGAUAGAUUAUCUCUCUAAUAAACUGCUUAGAAUCGCGGAUCACUUAGAAACUCUAAAACCGGGUCGCGUAAAGAGAGGUCUCAUUGAUGGUUUAGGAUCGAUUAUUAAAAGUGUAACCGGUAACUUAGAUCAAUCAGAUGCCAUUCGAUAUGACAGUGCUAUUAAAACUCUACAAAAUAAUAGUAAUGAAUUAGCUGAAGAGUUUAACAAUCAUAUUAGCCUCAGUAAGGAGUGGAUGGCUCAGCAUUCUAACAUAGUUUCAAAAUUAGUAGAGAAUCAAAUUAAGAUAAAUGAAACCUUAAGAUUAAUCUUAGACAAUGAUGCUUAUAGAGAUAAUUAUCUUAUAAAAUAUGCUAAGUUUGCUCAAUAUCUAACCAUUUUAACCGAGAACAUUGAUGAAGUCUUAGGGGAAUUAGUUAGAAUAGAAAACAUCCUAGCCUUCAUACACGCAUCUAGCACACAUCAUUCCAUGUUAAGUACAGAAGUAUUAGGACAUAUGAUUCAAAAGUUAGUUAAGAUUUAUAGUAGAGAUCAAAUAGUAGAUUUAGAUAUUAGGGAAUAUUAUGACCUAAUAAAACCUGGAUAUUACUACUCAGGUAGCCAGAUAGUUAUAGUCUUUAAGUUGCCUAUAUUUGCGACGGAUAGUUUCGAUCUUUACAAGUUGUCAAUAGCUCCUAAUAAAUUCAAACAGGCCCUCAUCCCUCCUUUUCCAUUGAUAGCAACCAACAGGAAAGGUUUUGUGUACAUAGAGGCAGAAUGCCCGAAGUACGAUAACUGGUAUCUCUGUGCCGACAAGAUGGACCACCAGCUUCGGCAACAACCUGAUUGUAUACAGCAUCUCAUCUUGGACCAAACUAUAGAUGAGAAAUGUGACGUCAUGGAACUAACCCUAGCAAAGGCUUCAAUGGAAGAACUGGACGAAAGACACUACGUCAUAUCUUUCCCGAAUUCAACAAGGAUUCACACUGUAUGUGGAAAGGAAGACUAUAUAACAGUAGAUGGAAGCUACUUAGCCACAGUUCCCGAAAAUUGCUUCCUAUAUACCUCAGAAUUUGCUAUCACCAAUGUCAACGAUCACGUGGAGGGACGCCCCCUGAAGAUUAUGAAUAUAUCCUACAACAUGGACAUAAAACCUGAAAAGAUGACGCAACUGAAACUGAAAUCGAUAGAUCUUUCAAGAGUACAUGAUGUCCAGUAUCAACUAAUGGCGCAACCUGCAAUAAGACUCAACCAAAUCCCAGAUGACGCACUGUACCACACAACGAUCCCUUUUUACACCUUGCUGCUGUUAAGUGCAUUUGCACUCAUUAUACUACUUAUUAUACGGUGCAAUAAGACAUUUCAAGGCAGAAAACUCCAAACAAAAUCUCUUCAGGAGGAGACAGUAUAUGCAAAGCCUGGAGAAUCAGAGACAAGACAACCAAAUCCAGCAACUCUUUCUCAAUUCAUGUCUCGAAAAUAGUUGCUGAUCUGCGGGUGGAGGUGUUAUAGUACAUGACUACUCACAACUCGUCAAGUGCUAUGUGUGCAUCGGCCUUAAUGCUGAUUCUUAGUACCAGUGUUAUAGUGCAUUACGACACGUAAAGUGCAAAGUGUGCAUCGGCCUCAAUGCCAAUGCUUAGUAAGACCCUUACAUGUGAAUAUGUAUUGCGACACCUCGCGGUAUUGUUCGAUAUCUGACUCGGUUACUUACCGGAAAGUGAUUUCGUCAUUCUAAUUAUAACUUAGGAUUAAUC